AUGAAUAUCAAAUACUGCAGAAGAAAGAGAAAAUGUAUAUCUAAUAACUGUGGAAAGAUAUUAAAUUAUAAUUCAGAGUUGAAUGUUCAUCAGAAUGUACAUAAAGGACAGAAGCCCUAUAUAUGUGCUGAGUGUGGUAAAGGAUUCAUUGAGGAGUCAAAUCUUAAUAUCCAUCAGAGAAUCCAUAGAGGAGAGAUUCCUUAUAUAUGUGCUAAGUGUGGGAAAGUCUUCAACUGGAAGUUAAUAUCUCAUAAUCAUAAAAGAGUUCGCAGUGGAGAGAAGCCUUACAUAUGUGAAGAAUGUGAAGAAGGAUCCACCCAUAAAUCAAAGCUUCAUGAUUAUCAGAAAGUUCUCACCGAAGAAAAUUGCUUUGAAUGUAAUGAGUGUGAGAUGAGUUUCAGCCAAAAGGCUUUAUUUCAUGCUCAUCAGACAAUGCACAUUAAAGAAAAAUCCUAUAAAUGUGAUGAGUGUGGGAAAGGAUUCAAAAGGAAGUCAAACCUUCAUAGACAUUAUAUAAUUCACACUACAGAGAAGCCCUAUAUGUGUGAUGAAUGUGGGAAAGCAUUUGGAUUUAAGUCAAACCUUCAUAGACAUCAUAUAAUUCACACUAGAGAGAAGCCCUAUAUAUGUGAUGAGUGUGGGAAAGGAGUCAGACAGAAGUCACAUCUUUAUGAUCAUUUGAAUAUUCACUCUGGAGAAAAGCCCUAUAAAUGUGAUAAGUGUGGGAAAGGAUUCAGAUGUAAAUCAAACCUUCAUGAACAUGUGAGUGUCCACUCUGGAGAAAAGCCUUAUAAUUGUGAUGAGUGUGGGAAAGGAUUCAGAUGUAAGUCAAAUCUUCAUAAACAUAUGAGUGUCCACUCUGAAGAAAAGCCCUAUAAUUGUGAUGAGUGUGGGAAAGGAUUCAUACAGAAGUCACAUCUUUAUGAUCAUUUGAAUAUUCACUCUGGAGAAAAGCCUUAUAAUUGUGAUGAGUGUGGGAAAGGAUUCAGUCAGAAGUCAAAUCUUCAUAAACAUAUGAUUGUCCACUCUGAAGAAAAGCCCUAUAAUUGUGAUGAGUGUGGGAAAGGGUUCAGAUGGAAGUCAAACCUUCAUAGACAUCAUAUAAUUCACACUAGAAAGAAGCUCUACAUAUGUGCAAUUUGUGAGAAAAAAUUCACUCAGAAGAAAUAUCUUCAUAAACAUCUUAAAGUCCACUAUGGAGAAAAGCUAUUUAUUUGUGAUGAGUGUGGGAAAGGAUUCAAAUGGAAGUCAAGCCUUUGUGAACAUGUGAAAGUCCACUCUGAAAAAACUCUCUUUAUAUGUGAUGAGUGUGGGAAAGCAUUUAGAAGUAAGUUAAACUUUAAUAGACAUCAUAUAAUUCACACUAGAGAGAAGCUCUACAUAUGUGCAAUUUGUGAGAAAAAAUUCACUCGGAAGACAUAUCUUGAUGAACAUCUGAAAGUUCACAGUGGAGAGAAGCCCUAUAUGUGUGAUGUGUGUGGGAAACGAUUCAUUCGUAAUUCUAGUUUUCAGAAACAUAAGAAAAUCCAUUUUGGAGAGAAACCAUUUAUUUGUGAUAUAUGUGGAAAAGGAUUUAGAGAAAAGUCAAAACUUAAAUAUCAUCAGAGAGUCCAUACUGUGAUUAAGCUCUAUUUUUAUGAGUGA